UGAAUCAAUUUGUUGUUCAAAAAUUCCAAAAAUGAUGUUGUCUAAUGAAUCUUUAUCAGCCCCCACAUCAUCGACUACUUGUUUUGAAAAUGGUAGCUACACAGUGGAAAAGAAAAGUGUACCGAAAUCUUCGAGUUCUGAUACACCAAACCCACCUUUGUACAUUGUUUACCCUACCGAAAAAGGGACUUAUCCCGUUAUACUCUUUCUUCAUGGCUUUUCGAUCCCUAAUACUUCAUAUAGCAGCCUCUUUGAGUUUAUCGCCUCUCAUGGUUACAUUAUCGUUGCUCCCGGUCAAACUUUGUUUGGGCUAUUUAAGGGUCUAUUUGUAGCUUCUGCUAUUGGUGAUGUGGACGAUGCGGCUCUAACAUCCAACUGGAUAAACAAAAACCAAGGCGAAAACCUCCAACGUGAACUCCCAAGUGAUGUAUCACCAGAUCUUGAAAAUGUAGCCCUAGCCGGCCAUAGCAAAGGAGGGAAAGCAGCAUUUGCAUUAGCGUUAGGUCACGCUUAUACAAGCCUUAAAUUCAAGGCUCUUAUUGGUUUAGAUCCUGUGGAAGGACCAAAUACAGCCAACAGGAUCGAACCCAAAAUCUUAAACUAUAUACCCCAAAAUUUCAACAUACCCUUGCCUAUAGCCUUAAUUGGGACAGGCUUGGGUGAUGAUGGGCGUUGCGGGUUUUUCCCACCUGCAGCCCCUUGGGGAUGUAACCAUCCUUUUUUCUUUAAUGAGUGCAAACCCCCCGUGUGUUAUUUUGUAGCCAAGGACUUUGGUCAUAUGGACAUGGUUGAUGAUUGGUUGGCUUGGUUGUCGGGUAUGUUUGUAAGCAAGACUGGGAAGGGUUCAUAUGCGGAUAUGAGAAGAGCUUGCGGAGGCAUUUUUGUUGCCUUUCUCAAGACUUAUAUGUUUGAUGAUGCCGAAGAUCUUUCCACCAUAGUUGAUUCACCUAGUUCUGUUGUUCCCGUUAAGCUCAAUCCAGUUUUAUGGCUUCAAUCGUGAAACCUUUAGUUUUUAAAAUAAUGUAAUUAUGUCACUUAAGACGUGUUUACUGUUCUCUACUGUUAAAACCUUUUGUUCAAAGCUUUAUAAUAAACAAAUUGUACACCAAGAAAAAUAUAAAUAUGUUUACGUUCACC